CUUCGUCUCAGGCGCGCGCUCGAGGACAUCUGUUGCAACCCAGGACGCUGUCUGCGAUAUCCAAUUGCAGGCUCUGGACACCACUUUUUGUCUUUUCUAUUUGUUAUUAUCAGCAUCCUAACUUCGCACGGUCGAGAAUAUGGCGACCCGUGUGCGGAAGACGCCAUUAUUCAAAAAGUCGCUGCAUGACCUGAUACGCGGCAUCCGGGGCUGCAAAGACCCCGAGUCGACCGACAAAUACAUCCGCGAUGCGAUCUCGGAGUGUCGGCAGGAGGUCAUGGCGCAGGACAUGGACGUAAAGUCGAUGGCCGUCCUCAAGCUGUCGUAUCUGCAGAUGCUCGGCUACGACAUGGCGUGGGCGAGCUUUAACGUGCUCGAGGUCAUGUCGUCGCCUAAGUUUUCGCAGAAACGGAUUGGUUAUUUGGCUGCUAUGCAGAGCUUUGGCGCUGAUACCGACGUCUUGAUGCUUACGACCAACAUGCUUAAGAAGGACCUUGCAUCUGCAAACCACCUCGACGUGGCAAUGGCAAUCAGCGGAAUCUCAAACAUAGUCUCCCCCGGCCUCGCGCGGGAUCUCGUCGACGACCUGAUGCGGAUGAUGAACCACUCCAAGCCAUACGUGCGCAAGAAAGCAGUCCUGGUGAUGUACAAGAUCUUUUUGCAAUUCCCCGAGGCCCUGCGCUCGUCGUUCCCGCGGCUGCGCGAGAAACUUGAGGAUCCAGAGAUCUCGGUCGUGUCGGCGACUGUGAAUGUCAUUUGCGAGCUCGCAAAGAAGCAUCCGAGGAAUUACCUGCCCCUCGCGCCGCAAUUGUUCCAGAUCUUGACUACUUCGUCGAAUAAUUGGAUGCUGAUCAAGAUUAUCAAGCUGUUUGCAUCGCUGGCGCCGAUCGAACCACGACUCAAGGCGAAACUCAUCCCCCCAAUCACAAACAUAAUCCAGACCACGACGGCAAUGUCGCUUCUGUACGAAUGCAUCAGCUGCAUCGUCGCCGGCGGCAUGCUAGGCAAGGACGACGAGCAGCUGGCGUCGAUGUGCGUGAGCAAGCUGCGCGUGUUUUUCGAGGAAACGGAUCAGAACCUCAAGUUUGUCGGUCUGCUGGCGUACAACAAGAUUGUGCUGAUCCACCCGCUGCUCGUGGCGCAGAACGCGGACGUCAUCAUGGACUGCAUGGACGACCCCGACCUGUCGAUCCGCGAGCGCGCCGUCGAGCUCGUGGUCUACCUCGUCAACCAGGACACGCUGUUCGAGGUCGUCAAGCGGCUGAUGCUACAGCUCAUUCCACAGUCGCGCGAGCAUGUCCUGCCGGAGCCGUACCGGGUUGAGGUCGUGCGGCGGAUCCUCGACAUGUGCUCAAACAACACGUAUGCGAACGUGACCAACUUUGAGUGGUACAUCGCCGUGCUGGUCGAUCUCGUCAAGAUCACGGAGGGGAUCAAGGAUAUCGGCACCGAGAUCGGACUCGAGCUGCAGAACGUGGCCGUGCGCGUGCGCUCGGUGCGCGACUACGCGGUGUCGGCGGCAGCAAAGAUGCUCUCGGAGCGAGAUGUCAUGAUGCAGAGCCCGGGCGUGCUCAAGUACGCGGCCUGGGUUGUGGGCGAGUACGCAGCCUAUCUCGAGGACCCGUCGUCGGUGAUCGAGGUCCUGACUGCGCUCGAGCCGCAGGUGCUGCCGAACGACAUCGAGGCCGUCUAUAUCCAGGCGAUCCCCAAGAUCUACGCCGUCUAUGCGGGCGACAACCGAGUACCCUGGGUGAACAGUCGCACGAAGCACGUGCUCGAGCUGACGGAGCGGAUCGUUGCGUUUCUGGAGCGGUACUCGACGUCGAUGGACAUCGAGGUGCAGGAGCGGUCUGUUGAGUUUCUGGAGCUGUUUAGGCUGGUUGUGCUAGCGAUCAACGAGCGCGGCGACGACGAGUCGGAUCUGUCGCCGCCGCUGCUGGUGUCGCGCGCGAUUCCGGGGAUGUUUAGCGAGUGGGAGCUCAACCCUGUGUCUGCGAAGGCGCAGCGGCGGAUUCCGAUCCCGGAAGGGCUUGAUCUGGACGAGCAGUUUAACGAUCCGGUGUAUUACUCCGAGUCGGAGGAUGAAGAGGAAGUGCUGAUUCGGCAGCAGAUGCUGCGGCAGCAGGAGAUGAUGGCGGCGAAGAACAUGAACUCUGGGCAGCCAAAGAGCUCGAGCGGCUCGAAGAAGUCAAAGAAGGGACGCAAGGGCGAGACGCUGUCUGAUCCGCCGACGGAGUCAGAGGACGAGGAAGAGAUGAAGAAGAGGAGAGAAGAGCGACGACGACGACAGGCCGAGGAUCCGUACUACAUUCUUGAGUCGGAGAAGGUUGUGUCAAAGUCGCGGCGGAAGAGCAAGAGCAAGCGGACUGCGUCGUCAUCGAGCUCGUCGUCGUCGUCAUCGUCGUCGUCGGAUGACGAAGGCGGCGUGGCACCGAUGAGGAACGAGAAGCUAGAUAUCGACUCGAUUCCGAUCAUGAAGCUUGAGAUUGCGAGCAUUGCAGUACCUCCCGACUCGAAGAAGAAGAAGGGCAAGAAGAGUCGAGCACAGCCUGCGCGGGUGGAGAUUGCGCGGGAGGAAACGUUUGGAGAUGCGCCGGACGAGGACGAGGAUACGAGUAAUGCGGCUUCCGAGCGGCGCGCGCUGCGUACUGGUGGGGGCAAGGCUAUUUUGCGGGUGAAUGCAAAGGGAUUGGAGGAGCUUGAUUUGGAAGAACCGGAAGAUGACGAGGCGGGUAGGUUAGAGGUUGAGCGGUUUAAGGCCGAGAUCCAGCAGGCGAGGCAGAAGGCUGCGGAUGCGGCGGCUGCGGAGCUGCAGGUUGAGGCUACGCAUCUUGUGGUUAAGAAGAAGAAGAAGGCGAAGGUUGUGAAGAAGGUUAAGAAGUCUUCGAAGAAGGAGAAGAAGGAGAAGGGGGAGAAGGGGGAGAAGAAGGAGAAGGAGGAGAAUGAGGAGAAGGAGGAGGCAGAGAAAGCAGAGGAAGCAGAGGAAGCAGCUGCAGUAGAAGAGAAAGAGCAGGAAGCGGAAGCUAAGCCUGCUGAGGAAGCUACUGCCGCAGAAGGUGAAGCAGAAAGUAAAGAGGAGGAGAAAGAGGCAGAAGGCACUGCUGCAGAAGCGUGAUGUUAUAUAGAAUCAUGAUGAUGUUAUAUAUGUUUUUUGUUAUAGCCGGUUGCUGAUCUGGUAACGGAUUCAGAUCUGAAUUUUGUUGCAUAAAUUGAUUUGUAUGUGUAGGUAUCGCCCAUGAUGUUGCCAUAAGAGAAGUAUUGCAGAUCUACGUUUAACGCUCGCUGGUGGGCUUGUAUAUAAAACUGCAAUAUAAGUCAUUGUGGUUGAUUCCGCGCCGAUACCGGCCCGGUCAUAUAAGAUGAAGAGAGAGUAUAGUGGCUUUGAGUAAACUCUCGCGGAAGUCCUCCGGGAGACGUAUUUCUUCGUCUCGAGAGUUUCAGCGGAGUUACGGAUGACGACAAUGACAGCUGAGGAGGUGUUUUAUGUAUUAAGCUCUGAGAGGGAGGGAGGAGGAGGAGGAGGAGGAGGAG